GGAAUAUGGCCGUUAUCUUACCGACAAUUUGUCCAUCCAAAAGGGAAAGUUUAGAAUAACAACGCCUGAUGAUACAAGGCAAGUUAAGAGAGGUUUAAUAAAACAUAUAGCAUAAUGCUAUAUAUGCACCAUGAUUGAGUGCAUUUCAAGACCAAAUCUUGGCAAUUUGUGCUUUGGCCUCUAUUAUCUUCUUCAACAACACAAAGUGUGCAAAAAUGGCAAAUAUGUUUGGAACAGGAAAUAGAAGGGUUGCUCAAACAAGAAAACCACAAAACUUGGUUUUCGAGGACUUUACGCCUUCUUCGGGUUUGACAGAGGAUUCAGAUAGCUACUGUUUGAUCAUUGAUCUUCCAGGAUUCAAGAAAGAUGAAGUGAAGCUUCAAGUUGAUGACAAUGGCCAUAUAAUAGUAAGCGGAGAAAGGCAGGUCAAUGAGAUGAAACAUGUCCGGUUUCAGCAAUCUUACAAAGUGCCUGAAAAAUCAAACAUUGAGGAAACUACUGCAAAAUUUGAAGAUGACAUUCUUUACAUUGUUAUCCCAAAAUUGACAAAAGACGCGAUUGUCGAAGAUAACAGCCAAAACAGCAACAUCAAUCCACAAACAGAUCAAGUUAAUCAUCCUCAGGAACAGGAAGAGAACAAACCAAAUGCUUUUCACAAAGUUGAAGUUCCUGAUCCAGGCAAAAUGAGCGCAAUUAGUUCUAAGCCCGGGGAUGUUGCUACAACGGAAAAUGAAGCGAAAGAAGAGCGGCAAGACGAAGAAUUUCAUGAUGCCAAUUUAGAAAACCAGUGGAAUGAGGGCAGUAUAUUGGAGACAUUGAAAGUGCAGUUGUUAAAGAAUAAAGGGAUUGUUGUUGCAGCUGUGUUGGCAUUUUCAUUGGGUGUAUUAGUCUCUCAAAAGCUGCAGACAAGUCAUGAGACAUGGAAGGAAACUUAAAACUGAUUUAUUAUUGUCUUCCUAAUGCUUGACAUGUACAGCUGAAAAGUGAAAAGUACUGUAAGCUAUUGCAAAUAAUUGAUGAUCUUCCUUCCUCUAGAUUCUCAACAUCUCCAAUCUUCUCUUGUAAACUGUAAAUACUCCAUCCGUCCCAAAAUAAAAGUCUUGUUCGUAGUGCUAAUUUAGUUCAAUAAAUUUGAAGAAUGAUGUGUAACGAGAAAGAAAAUUAGAUCAAGAUCAAACAAACAGAUUAUCAGUUUAGAUUGCUCCUCUGCCCUGUAAGCGCAGGAGCAUUGGAAGGACCUUAUC